UCAUUUCAUCUCCUUUGUUUAGGUUAAAUAUUAUCUAGAAGAAGAGAAACCCGUCAGUGUCAAAAUUUCCAGAUUGAAUCACGACACUUGGGGAUGAUGGAAUAACGUCGUAAUUCCCAACACUGGAUUACUGUCGUCAAGCAUAUCAUGGAACAAACUUGUAAAAAAUAGUCUUCCCGCACUUGACAACUGGACCAACCUGGUACAGCAAAAAUUCCUCCAGUCCAACAUCUUGGGGAACACAUAAAUCCGAGGUUAUUCCCGACGACGAUCUUCCGCGACGAGAUUAUUCCAGGCUGACGAGGUUGUUCUUCGCAAGAUUUAAUCGUUCACCAGGACCUUUUUUCUGCUGUUGCCAUGGCGUUCUACACUGUGGUGCAGAAUGCCGUCGAUGUUCAAUCAACCUCCUCCGGAAGAUCGAACAACGGCUCUCCAUCACCGAAUUGCUUCCAGGGUUUCUAUAUUAUGCGCCCAGUUACGGAAGAACACGAUGAUAAACGUCGAGGCGAGUCGGACCCUUCUUCCAAGAAAUUGGAGACGAAAAAUGUCGUGUAUGAGGAAGUGUCUCUCGCUUGCUACAUUCCUUGGGCAUCAUUCGAAAAGCCGAAAAUUCUUCUAAGAAUCUUGCAACAGACUUGGAAGGCGAAGAUUGCGGAUUUCGAAAUAAACCCUGAAGGAUAUGCAAUCUGUUCCACGGAUGGAUACUGCAACUUUGACUUGAAAACUUCCGGAGUUGGAGUCUGGUUCGGAAAGGAUCACGUUGCGAAUAUUUCGGAACCCUUGCCCGUUCCGGGCACGAGUGACCGUGCAGAACUGACUGCCAUUCUCUAUGCAAUCAUCGCUGCGAAGGAAGCCGGCUUGAAAAAGCUGCUCAUUCGAGCCGAUUCGACGUACGCAAAGAAUUGCGUCACUGUUUGGAUACCAAUGUGGAAACGCAACAAUUGGCGGGUAAUGACGAGAAAACGUGUCCAGAAUCUAAAUGAAAUCCGAGCCAUUGAUUUAUCUUUCUCGCACAUGGAUGUGGAUUUCAAAUGGGUUCCAAUGGCCGAAAAUCGAGAUGCGGAUCAGCUGGCGAAAGCAGGUGCGGCUGAAUCGUACGGGAGUAAAUAAACCGCUUGUCUCUCCGGAAAAUUCGAAGAAGCACGUCGUUUGGAUUUUGUCAUCUCGUUGAAGAAAAUUGAGUUUUGAACUUUCUCUGCUGUAAAAACCCCAGCAUGAGUUGUAUAAAAGUCACGUUUUCUCGCGAAUCAAAAACGCCAUCUCCUCCAAUUAUGCAACAAUCCAGCUGGGAAAAAAAGAAGGGAUGGGUCUUGAUUUCGUCCUCGUGUAAUAUACUGUACUGGUUAGUGAUUUUUUACAAAAUUUCCAGUUGUAUAGUGCUGUUUUUUUUUUGUUUUUUGAAAAUUUCGCAUUUUCUUUUUCCGUGAAAGCAACGGG